CAGCUUUUCAACUAAAAAGUAGAUCCAUUUCAUCACUAAAAGAAAAAAGUUUUCUCUAAAAUAUUCCGUUUUUCAGGUGUUCCAGGAUGUGGCUGCUGGUUAUCAUGAUGGUUGUACAAGGCACUGUGAAUCCAGUAGAAUCCAAAAGCAAAACAGAAGUGAAUCCUGAAGUAUAUAUGAAUAUUAGUGAAAAAAUCCGGUACUGGGGAUAUCCUUCUGAAGAAUAUGAAGUUAUUACAAAGGAUGGCUACUUCCUGAGCCUGAACAGAAUUCCAGGAGGUAAACUUGAGGAUGAAAGCUUAAAGGCCACUAUAUUGCUGAUUCAUGGUUUGGACUUGGAAGGCAGUGACUGGAUAGCAAAUCCGCCUCAUCAGAGCCUGGGUUUCAUACUAGCAGAUGCCGGAUACGAUGUCUGGAUUGGAAACAACAGAGGAAACUCUUGGUCGAGAAGACACCAAAACCUUACCAUUGAAGAAGAAGCAUUUUGGGAUUUCAGUUUUCAUGAAAUGGGCAUCUAUGACCUUCCUGCCAUGACAGACUUUAUUCUGCAGAAAACCGGACGGGAUAAAAUCUACUGUGGUGGCCAUGCUCAGGGAUCCACCGUAGCUUUUGUUGCAUUUUCUGUAAUCCCUCAAAUGUCUGAAAAAAUAAAGAUGUUUUUUGCCAUGGGGCCUGCCUACACGCUCCACUUCAGUAUAAGUCCCAUUAUACGAGUGCUGCGUAUGCCUAACACAUUGUUCAAGAUUAUAUUUGGCACGAAAGAAUUCUGCCUGCUGAGUCCCAAACUCAAAGAACUUUUGGCUCAAAAGUGCAGCUGCCAACCGUCUGGUAGAACUGGGGAGUUCAAAUACUUCGAUUAUGGCCCAAAAAACAUAGAUAAAUACAAACAGAUGACUCCACCCUUCUACAAGAUAGAAGAGAUCACAGUCCCAAUUGCUAUGUGGAGCGGAGGACAAGACUGGGUUUGCAGGCCAAAGGAAGCUGCGCAGCUGCGGUCUCGAAUCCCUCACCUUGUUUACCAUAAGGAGUAUCCAGACUGGGACCACUGGGACUUCAUUUGGGGCAUUGAUGCUCAUCAGCAGAUGUACAUGGAAAUCCUUGAUCUGAUGCAGAAAUAGCUGUGGGAUUUCUCUUUUAUUAUGCAAUGACUUUUCUUUAAAACUGUGGUCUUCCACUGACACUAUAGCAGCAUUAGAAACACCCAUGCUGCUACAAGAUUUAAUCUCUGCAACAAAAACAAAAAACUCUACACUUGCACUAUAUAAAAUCCUACUCAACAGGAAGAAAUAUGAUUUAGAAUUUGAUAGACAAAAAUGGAGUGAAGAGUUAGGGGUACAGAUAACAAAUGCUAUAUGGGAGUCAAGUAUAAAAUCAACAGAAAUAGCCUCUAUGGAUCUAAGGCUAAGACUUAUUCAACAGAAAAUAAUAUUCAGAGCCCACUGGACUCCAGUAAAACUAUACCAAAACAAAAAAACAGAAACAAAAACAAAAACCAAACAAGUGCAGACAACUGCUGGAGAU